CGGACUGACAACUCAUGGGGCCCCCCGGCAAUAGGGGAUCAUGGGGCCCCUGUGUCCUUGCCCACACUCAAAAUAGCCUAUGAAAAAGGUACCAGGGGCAUCUCAUGGGGCCCCCUACUGACCCCGGGUCCUCUGGCAGUGCCCGAGUUUCCAAAUGGUUAGUCCGCCCCCCUGGGGGGCACUGCUUAGUGGUUAAUAUUACAGCCACUAACUCAAAAGCUGUGGUUAUUCUUGCAGACACGGACAAUAGGUGUGAGGAGAUUGUUUUGCAUUUUUUCAAU